AAUAGAAUAUUUUCAUUGAUUAAAUUUAUUUUUAAAGUCUAGAUCUGGAAUUGAGGGUCUUGUUUCUCUAAAACAGCAGUGUUAAGAAAAAUCAAGGACUAUGCCAUCAUUUAAAUGUGAAUAGCAUGUGAAUGUACCUUAUUACAAGAAGAAGAAGAGGUAAUACGGAAAACAUUGAGAGCGGGUUACUGCAGAUUAAAUCUAAAAAUUUGCGAUUUCUCACUUUUAAAUUGCAUCUAACUUUACAAAAUUGAAUCGGAAAAGAAAGAUAAUGUCGAAUCAAUUGAACCACCUGAACCUAUUCCCCCUGAGAAAGAACUACAAAAAACGAAAAGCGAAGAAAACCCACCAUCAACAUCAUUAGAAAGCCAGUUGGAUGAAUUGGACAUAACCAGCGAACGAUUCAAUCCUCUACGCUGCCUCUAUGCCACCGACUUCCGGGUAACUGAAAAACAACCAAAGGUGAUCUAUCAAAAUAUGGCAGCGUUUGAAACGGCCCUGAAAAAGGUUGGCAUCUGGGAUGUUGGCAAAAGACCCAAGAGUCAUAAACUACAAGACAGUGGCUCUAAGGAGGCAACAAAAACCGUGGUGGAAGAGGAGAAGAGUCAACGACGUUUCCAGGAACAUCAAAUGGCCAUAAAGACAAAGGCUAAAAUUAAAAACAAACAUACAAGGAAUAUCAUAACGCAAAUGCUAAAUGCGGUGGGACCACUUAAGGCCUUGAAUGGUUACAUAGCUUCCGGCGAACGAAUACAUGUGGUUGUGAGAAAGGAAAAGGGAAUUAAGGGUUAUGUUGAAGGUGUUCUCAAGUUAUACGAUCGUCAUUGGAACCUUUUGCUGACCGAAGUUGAGGAAUGUUAUACCCAUCGUAAACAUAAAUUUUGCGAAGACAAUAUUGUUUUACCUACCUCAGAGGAUAACCGUGAAGAUUGUUCCCAAAGACUACGAGAAUUGGGAAUAAAAUUACCCAAGCAAAUAGUUAAGAGUCUGAAUCGCAAAACUGUGGAAAUAAGGAGAUUCCUGCCACAACUUUUACUCAGGGGAGAACAAGUAGUUUUAGUCCAUUCCGUAAAAGAAAAAAGCUAACAACUUGUCAUUUAGUUAAGUUUACAUUUAUUUUCUAUAUCGAAAUAAAAACAUUUUUAAUACGUGUUGUAUACAAAUAUAAAA